AUGUCGGACAGCCCUUUAUACUUUAUCGAUACCACUGGUAGCAGCGCGACGAAGCGACCGUCCGCGACCGCCUAUUUGCCCGAGCCAGCAUCCAAGAGACCCAGACUGUCUGACAACCUUCAGACGUCCGCCGUGAUAUCGAACUCGCCAACCCGACAUGCGCCCACUAAUGUGUACUCGGCUACGAGCCCGGGCCAGACGAUGGAAGAGCGAAUGGAACUCAUAAUAGCCCAGUGGAAGAGCAGUAUCGAUCUGCGCUCCAAGAAAUUCUGGGCUGUGCUCGUGGGCAAGAAGCCGGGCAUCUAUACGUCUUGGGAUGGACCGAACGGCGCUCAAGCGCAGACCAAAGGUUUCAGCAGAAGGGAAUUAGGGAACGCUCCAGCUGACGUACUGACUGCCCUGAAGACAAGUCGUGCAAAGUCUCUACAAUACCUCGAGAAUGACUUUAUACGCGAGAACCUUCCCAGCGUCCUCGCUCGACAAGAUGAGAUCGACGCUCGAGAAGUGCAACGUCUGAAUAAUCGGAUGACGACGCGAGUAAACGUGCCCGCUCCCAGGACAGCGGUGCACACUCCCACUGUUGAAACCUCGGCCGCGAGUUCACUUACAUCGUCCGACGGCGAAUCAUCAGGCAGCCGUUCGUCAGACCGCAGCCCUGUAGAGACGCCAAUGACGGAAGGAGAAUCGUCCGCAGAAGACUACAUACCUCUAUCUUCAGAGCCCGAGGCCCCAACAGAUCCCGUUCUCUGCAAGGAGCAGCAGGACGCCGUCGACCUCGCCGUCAAAGGCCACAACGUGUUCAUCACCGGGUCUGGCGGCUGCGGGAAAUCCGUCUGCGUCAAAGCGUUGCGCGACCGGCUCAGGGCGAUGGGCAAAAACGUCCACACGAUUGCACCGACGGGCUUGGCAGCUCUGCAGGUGGACGGCAGGACGACGUGGAACUACGCUGGGUGGCAGCCAGAAGACAGUAGGAAAGACUUGCAGGUGCUAGAGCUGAAAAUGCAUGGACGAAACAUUUGGAAGCGGCUGGCGGGCACCGACGUCCUGAUCAUUGACGAGAUCAGCAUGAUCGAGAACAACUUCUUCACCCGGCUUAGCUGGCUGUUAAGCGCCGUUCGACGCAAGGAUUCCAAGCCAGAGACCUGGGGCCCCUUCGGAGGCGCCCAGGUCAUUGCCGUUGGCGACUUCUGUCAGUUGCCGCCUGUUUUGCCCUUCCAGAACUGUGCUGGGCACGGCAGUCACGCCAAAGAUGAUAAAUGGGCUUACAAGAGUGUCGAGUGGGAACGCUGCGAGUUUCGAUACGUGCACUUGGUCGAGAUUCAUCGCCAGAGCGAUCAAGCCCUGAUUGGGGUCCUCCAGACAUGCCGACUGGGUGGAGAGUUGACGCCCAAGGACAUCGAUCUCCUGACGCGUGGGCAACGCAAGGUCGAGGGUGGCGUGCGGCUCUUUGCUAAGCGCGACGAGGUGAAGGAACACAACGACGAGCAGCUGGCGAAGCUCCCGAGCAGGGGGGAGGAGUUCUGGUGUCUGGACGUUUUCGACUGCCACGAUGAUGAUCUGAGGGAUCUUGAGAUGCUCAUCCCUGACCAGAAUCGGGGGCCUCGACGUCGUGAACAUCAGCCAUUGCGCAAACUGCAGGAUCACAGAUUUGAUAUGCGGCUUACGCUGAAAGUUGGGAUGCCCGUCAUCCUGCUGGUCAAUCUCGACCUCGAAGGGGGGCUGUGCAACGGCAGCCAGGGCAUCAUCGUUGACUUCAAACCCAUCAGCGAGACACAGGUACCGCAGUCGCCGGAUUUCAAAAGCUAUAAGAAAGACCCGGAUCCCGAGGCCGCCUAUGAGCGGGCUCUGGCACGAUGGCAGCAGGUGCGAGACUACAUGACCGCCGCGGAGACGAGGGACAUGAUGUUGCCGGAAGUGCUCUUCCACGACGACAGCUCGCCUCGCCUUAUAAUCCCGCACUGCAGCCUUAGUGAGAUGGGCAACAAGCCCUACAGCCGCCUCAUGCGGACGCAGAUCCCACUUGCGCCGGGGUGGGCCAUGACGAUCCACAAGAGCCAAGGCCUGUCGCUGGAGAAGGUGGUCGUGAACCUGAGCAAUGUGUACGAGAAGGGCCAGGCGUACGUCGCCCUCUCACGCGCGAGAAACUUGGAGGGUCUCAAGAUCGAGGGAACCGUAAAUGUCUUGCGGAGCAAGUUGCAGCUGGAUGAGCAGGUGCGCAUGUUCCUGAUGGAUCAUUUCCCUGGCGUCAUGAAGACGUACGCGCCGUCGUCGCGAGGCUGUAUGUGUUGGUUAGGGGACGCGGCCUCGCGGCAGGAUAGUGUGAGACGAUCAGGGUCAUGA